AUGAUUUGUGUAGGGAUCCUCCUAUUGGCUGGACUUAUGACACAAAGCUUGGAGGAGAGCACACCGUACGAUUCUCUCUUACCUAAACAUUUCAAAUGUCCGCGAAACCAGUUUUUCCUAUACCCAUGCGAAUGUGUGGCUGGAGGUCAAAGAGGCGUGUCCAUCUCUUGCGAAAAUGCUAACCUAGCUAUGGUGGCAGUAGGACUGAACAAUGCCAAACAGCCUUUCGAAACAAUUGUAAUUAGAAGAUCGGACAUUAAGAAGCUCUUCGGCGGGCUGUUCAGAAACAUGACUAUCUACAGUCUUCAAAUUACUCACAAUAAUCUCCAGGAGGUCUCAGAAGAGGUCACAGAACCUCUUGGUGCCACUUUGGAGAGUUUAAGUCUCGAAGGUAAUCGUCUGACGAAGGUCCCAGUUUCAGCGAUCAGUAAAAUAUCCAAGAUAAUCUCAUUAAACCUGGCACACAAUCAGAUCAGUAUCAUAGAAAACCAAGCUUUUAGCAAACUACUUCAUUUAAAAGAGUUAAGACUCGAUCAUAAUCGAAUUAAUAAAAUCGACUCACGUGCCUUCACUGGCCUCAACAAUUUGGUUCUUCUUCACCUUCAACAUAAUAACCUCAGGAACUUUCAGAGAUCACUGUUUGCCCCCUUAAGAUAUUUAAAAUAUUUAGAUCUUUCUACUAAUAACUUUAAAACGUUUAGCAGACGCGAUUUUAGUCGUCUACGAAAUUUGUGGUUCUUGAACUGUUCCAAGAACCUUAUUGAGAGUUUACCACUCUCCGUGUUUUGGAGGAACUCUUAUCUUAGCGUUUUGAAUAUGGCGGACAAUAAACUAGAAACUGUCAAUAGCUUCGUAUUCCACGGUGCUCGUACUCUACGCGAUUUGUACUUACAAAGAAACCGCAUCAAGGAGAUUUCUGGAAAUGCCUUUUCCAGGACUCGCCACUUGCGAAUUCUUGAUCUAGAGGGAAAUCUAUUGGAAGAGUUAAAUCGUAUGAUGUUUAGUAAAUUGUCAAGACUUGAACACCUUGAUCUGAGUCACAAUAGAAUAUCAAGAGUUUCAAACAGUGCUCUGAAGGUGAUGUUUCAGGUCAACAUAGAUCUCAGCCACAAUCACAUCUCUACGAUCAGUGAAGGAGCUUUCCAGCUACUGAGGAAUGUUUCUGUGUUCGACUUAUCCCACAAUAAUCUGACAGAACUGAACGAUCGGGCGUUUCUCACCUGUGACAUCGCUGAAAUCCGAUUAAACCACAAUUAUCUAUCAAAAAUCUCACUGACAAACCUGACCGGUCUGAAGAUUGUUAACAUUAACCACAAUUCCUUAACUGAGAUUACCAUCAAGUCUUUGACAGUUAAACAUCUCCACGAGGUUCACACUCUUGAUCUUAGUCACAAUAAUAUCUCAGGGUCAACAGCACGCGUCUUUGACAAACUCACCAGCCUUAGACAUCUUUAUCUGCAACAUAACCAGUUACAGGCAUUGGAAUAUGAAUCAUUCGGGUCUCUGAGUACUCUCUUAGACUUGGACUUGAGUUACAAUAAGAUCUCAGAGGUUAGUUACAGGACUUUCACUAGAAUGUUAUCAAUCAGAAGACUGUACCUCAACAACAACCGAAUUCAAAAAAUGUUUGGUCUUCCUAUAAGUCUCAGUGAACUACAUUUAGAAAAUAACGAAUUGAAUCACAUUUAUCCCGAUACUUUUAGUAGAAUGAACUCUCUUCUUCGACUAUAUCUCGACCACAACAAUUUGUCUGAUCUAGAACAGGGAUCUUUCAAAAACUUGAUUGUGUUAAAUACACUCUCCUUAGGCUUUAAUAACAUAGAAGAAAUUCCCUGGGAAGCGUUAGAGCAGCUGAGUUCAUUGCAGAAUCUAUAUUUUCAUAACAACAGAAUUAUCUCUUUAAAAGAAAAUGCCUUUGGUAACUUGCCAACUGUUUGCUGUUUACAAUUACAGUUCAACAACAUCCAAAGUUUAAGUGUAAAUACCUUCAGAGGGCUGUCACAGCUACUGACGUUGGACAUGAGUUACAAUAACAUAACAUAUUUGCCACCAGAGGUCUUUAAAGGACUGGUAUCACUGCGAAAUCUGGAUCUUGCUCAUAACCGACUUUCUAAGCUACAGAAUGGAACCGACGGAGUUCUGGAUGACGUGAUAUCGAUAGAAAAGGUCAAUCUGUCUCGAAACCGUUUCUCAGUCAUCACAAGAAAAACUUUCCCUAAUUCUCCAUACAUUCCCUAUAGACUAAGAUACGUUGAUUUAAGCUACAACUCCAUAAGUACUGUAACGGAAACUCUUGCUGGUACUCUCACCAAGGUGGAAUAUCUAAACUUAAGUCACAAUGUGAUAAACAGAACAAAGCCACGUGUCAUGGAGAAAAUGACUCGACUUCAGAUUUUAGAUUUAUCAUACAAUCAAUUCAAAAGCUUCCCUAGUGGUUGCUUCGGAAACUUGCCCAGCUUAUCACUCCUUGAUAUAAGUCACAACAAGCUGAUUACUUUCGAUACCAAUGAAACUGACAAUAUGAAGGAGCUAAAGAAGCUGGACCUCAGAUUUAAUCAAAUUUCCGUCUUUGACGAAGAAUUACUCCCCAAAAUGAGACAAAAUUUAACAGUUCUUUACGAAG